AUGGAGACAAAGGCUGUAACGUCGGCAGAUGUGGAGACCAAACAGAGGAGAGUCCCAUCAUCAACAACAACACAGUUAGCAACCACAGCUGGAAGCAAGGCGGAGCUUUUUUUUUCUCUGCUGUUUGGGAACAUCUUAACAGGUACGCUGGAAUUUUCUGACACCCACUCGGACAUGUCCUAUGUCUUCAUCAACGACUCGUCGCAGACCAGCGUGCCUCUGCUGCAGUCCUGCAUAGACGGCGACCUGCCCUUCGCCAAGAGGCUCCUGGAGACGGGAUGCGACCCCAACAUCCGGGACAACCGGGGCCGCACGGGCCUCCACCUGGCCGCCGCCCGUGGGAACGUGGACAUCUGCCGCCUGCUGCACAAGUUCGGGGCCGACCUGCUGGCCACCGACUACCAGGGCAACACGGCGCUGCACCUGUGCGGCCACGUGGACACUAUCCAGUUUCUGGUGUCCAACGGGCUGAAGAUCGACAUCUGUAACCACAACGGCUCCACUCCGCUGGUGCUGGCCAAGCGGCGCGGCGUGAACAAGGACGCCAUCCGUCUGCUGGAGGGCCUGGAGGAGCAGGAGGUCAAGGGCUUCAACCGGGGAGCCCACUCCAAGCUGGAGACCAUGCAGAUGGCGGACAGCGAGAGUGCGAUGGAAAGCCACUCCCUACUCAACCCCAACCUGCAGAGCAGCGAGGGCGUGCUGUCCAGCUUCCGCACCACGUGGCAGGAGUUCGUGGAGGACCUGGGCUUCUGGCGGGUGCUGCUGCUGCUGGUGGUCAUCGCCCUCCUGUCCCUGGGCAUCGCCUACUACGUCAGCGGGGUGCUGCCCUUCUCCACCAGCCAGCUGGAGCUGGUGCACUGAGGGAGGAGGAGGAGGAGGACGAGGAGGGUGGAGGUUUGAAAAAGAGGAAAAAAGAAAAAAAAAAAGUAACCCACGAAGCUCCGCUCUCGCCGCUUUAUUCGUAUUGAACAAGAGUCUGAACCCCGGGGGCCGCCAUUUUCUUCUCAGCGUCACAGGAAAGGUUUGCUGGUUUGGAAGAGUCGAUGGAAUUUACAGGACUGAAUAUUUCCAUCUAUUUCUUUUUUUUUU